ACUUAAGUAGAGUUAACAAGAUACCCAAGAUUGCUGGGAAAAGAAUCACCAAGUUGGUCCCUCUUUUUUCAAAUAUAGGGUAAUUGGGCACUAUUACUCCUGCUGAUGGGUGACCUUGGCACCUUGUGGCUGGGCAAAGGCCAUUCUUCCCCAAACCCCCUCCUUGUAUAGUCAGGUGUCUGGGAAAGUAUCAGGGGCAUUGAGUCUCACCUCUUUUCCAUUUUGAGGUUUAGUAGAAUUAGAACUCUCAUGGAUGGAAGUCAGCUGGUAGGAAAGGAUAUCAGAGACCCUGAAGAGGGAACUCGCAUUUAGGGAAGUCUGGAAUGGUGACCUGGCAGCCACAUCAGAAGCAGAUUUUGUCCUGACAUAUUAUGUUACUGAUACUGGAACCUGCCUGACCCCCAACCACCAUGGAAUAGCCAGAUGAUUUGCGACUUGGAAAAAUGGCUGCAGAUAGGGCUGUAGGUUUCAAAACUGUUCCUUUGGGGAAGCCGAGAGCAAUGUACCAGGUACUGAGGUCUCUGCAGCCAUCUGAACUACUCAGAGCACUGGACAAAAAUCUUUUGGAUUGUGUGGGGGACCAGUUUCCAGCACUGCCAAAACCAGAUAUGCGCGCUAAAAGAUUAUCCAAUUUUAGGUGUUUGGAAGACUAACAGUCACUGAAGCAACACUGACUUGAACAAUUGUGAAGUAGCAUCUGAGGCCCCAAGAAAAAGAUUGGACUUCCUGCUCAUUUGAGGAAGAACACAGCUACGGAUCCUGCCGGUAGUGUAGUGAUAGAGUCUGACCUCUUCCAACUUAAGACUUAGGGAUUUUUAACUGCUUUGUCCUGACUCCUGUUAAAUCUGCUCAGAAGAUGGCUGAUCCUUGGCAGGAAUGCAUGGACUAUGCAGUCACCCUAGCAAGACAGGCUGGAGAGGUGGUUCGUGAAGCUAUAAAAAAUGAAAUGAAUGUCAUGGUUAAAAGUUCUCCAGCUGAUUUGGUAACAGCUACUGACCAAAAAAUUGAAAAAAUGCUUCUCUCUUCCAUAAAGGAAAAGUAUCCAUCUCACAGUUUCAUUGGUGAGGAAUCUGUGGCAGCUGGGGAAAAAAGUGUCUUAACCGACAGCCCUACGUGGAUCAUUGACCCUAUUGAUGGAACAACUAAUUUUGUCCAUAGGUUUCCUUUUGUAGCUGUUUCAAUUGGCUUUACUGUAAAUAAAAAGAUGGAAUUUGGAGUUGUAUACAGUUGCCUGGAGGAUAAGAUGUAUACUGGCAGGAAAGGAAAGGGAGCCUUUUGUAAUGGUCAAAAACUACAGGUUUCACAACAAGAAGAUAUUACCAAAUCACUCUUGGUGACAGAGUUUGGCUCUUCGAGAACACCAGAGACUGUAAGAAUUAUUCUUUCUAAUCUGGAAAGGCUUUUGUGUGUUCCCAUUCAUGGGAUCCGAGGUGUUGGAACAGCAGCUAUUAAUAUGUGCCUUGUGGCAACUGGCGUUGCAGAUGCAUAUUAUGAAAUGGGAAUUCAUUGCUGGGAUAUGGCAGGAGCUGGCAUCAUUGUUACUGAAGCUGGAGGAGUGCUAAUGGAUGUGACAGGUGAGCCAUUUGACUUGAUGUCACGAAGAAUAAUUGCUGCAAAUAGUAAAACAUUAGCAGAAAGGAUAGCCAGAGAAAUUCAAGUAGUACCGUUUCAAAGAGAUGAUGAAGAUUAACUGCAACAGCCUCGUGUAUUCAGUCACGGUUCCAUCGCCCCUAUAUUUGCUGACACACUGAUGAUGUUAUAAAAUUUAGGACGUUUAUUUCAGAUGUAUAAUAUGAUUGGCUUAAGUUGUCUUUGAUAUCCAGAUUAAAAAAUUGCAGUUUGUUGUAUAUUUUACUAAGACUAGGUAUGCGAGAAUACAUGAAAUGUUGCAUUGUUUUAACAAACUUUGCUUGUGAGAGUGCACUUUGGGAAAGAUAUACAGGUAGUUGAUAAGACAGUAUCAUCGAUUGAAAUAGCAGUUUAGAGUUUCUAAGUAUAUAUGAGCCUCUGAAAUUCUGACUGUGUACAUAAGCAUUCUUAACUACAAAGUCAACUUUUUGGAAAAAAUUUUCUUUAGUUCCCAAAGCCAUAUUUAAUUAAAUUUGUAAGAAUUAAUGGGUCCUUCCUAGACCAAGGCUUUUUUUCUUUGCAGAGAACCUUGUUUUAUUCAUCAGUGUACACGCAGCACCUAGCAGAGUAUUUGUUUAACAUGGGCAGUCUAAAAAUAAGCAUUCAAAAGAUAUUUUGAAGGUAGCAAUUCCUAGUUAUACAUAAAGCAAUGAGCUCACCCUUUAUUUUUACUUCAGGUGUUAAAGAUGAUCUCAUCCUUUUCAUAUUUUACGAUAUCAUUCCUUUUAACUCUUCACAUUGCCAUAUCAUUUCAAUUCCUGUACCAUCAGGUAUCCUUUCUACUUGUGGGCAUUUCUGCAGUUAAUGUUUUCCAAGACACUACAGUAUUUGUUUGGAAUCUUUUAAAGUCCCAAUGUUUAAAAAAAGAAGUUUCAAAACAUUAUCAGGCAUCUAAUUUAAAUUCUAUAAUUAGAGUAUCAAAUUGUACUAAAUUCAGGGGCUCCUGGGUGACUCAGUUCGUUAAGUGUCCGACCUCAGCUCAGGUCGUGAUCUCACGGUUUGUGGGUUCGAGCCCCGCAGCGGGCUCUGUGCUGACAGCUCAGAGCCUAGAGCCUGCUACAGAUUCUGUGUCUCCCUCAUGCACUCUCUCAAAAACAACCAAACAUUUAAAAAAACUGUACUAAAUUCAAUAUUAAUGUUUGAAAGUUGUUCCUACUGAUCUUGUUGUGCACAGGAGACCUACAAUCUGGCAGGUAAACUGUAUUAUUAAUUGAAUGGUGUUUUUUUCCCCAAACUCCUUAAUUUUGUUGCCACUGGAUUCUAUUCAGUCUUUAAAUAUUCCUUACUAGUCUUUGUCUUAGGAAACUCAACGAAAAUUGUUCUGGUUCAUAAACAUUUUAAAUAAGGUCAAUUGACUGCUUAGCCUUGUCCUUUGACACUUGAAUAGACUAUUAAUUUUUGUUAGUCUCAUGUGAACCUUGUAUUUGAUAAAAGGAAAAGUACAUUUAUAAAGUUUAAGGUAGGGGAUUGUGCACUUCAAUAUACUAAGAUUUGAGUAUUGUAAUUAUUUACUGUUGGUCAUGUGCAGUAAAAAUAUACUGUAUUCUGUGGUUAAUUUUGCAAUUAAAUUUAUUUAAGAUUCAUAAAAUUUUAAGUAUAACUGAACCUUGUUAAAGUUUAUAGUUUAUGUUUGAGAUUUGUGUUGAGUUGUAAAUGUUGAAGAUUUGUGUUGAGUUGUAAAUGUUGACUCUUGCAGUUGUGGCUGAAUGUAUGUUCUUGGUUUUUUUUUUGUCUAUAGUUUUCUCAACUUUUCUAAAAGUCUUUUAGAAUAAUUUUCCAAAAAGUAGCUUUUUUUCCCCCUAAAUGCAAUUAAUUAAUUUGUGGCUGAAAUUUCUUUAGACAUUGAAAAAAAGAGGUUUGACAAGUGAGUUAUCUGCCAAUAGUUUGUAAACCUUCUAGCAGUUUCUUGUAUUUACCUUCAUCAUUUCAAAGGUAUAUUAAAGGAUAUUUAAAGGAUGUA